AUGUGGCGCCGCGCCUCAAUUUCGUUGAGGUACUUUGCGUUGGGGGCUUCGCUGUGGCUUCCUGUCGCCUUAGCCGUGGCUGAGCAUGGGGACGAUGCGAGAACGCGUAAAAUGGGGAAAGAGCUGAGAGACGAACAGGGGCAUCGAAUUCAUGAAUCCGCGGCCAUGCCUCUGAGUAACGCUGUGAUGGCCUACGAGUUACCCGUUUCAGAUGGCGGGGAGUGCGAAAAUGCCGGUCGCGGCUACGCACCAGAAGCCGCUUACGAGUUGAUUCUCACGACCCGAGAGGCCCUAGACGACUAUGGGAUACUUGUUUCCAGCGAGGUGGGACGACCUGUGCACUUUACAUACCGGGAUCGCGUGGCUGUCCCGCCGAUUCCGGACUGGCUCAGUGGGGAAGCUCAGCGAGAUGAGCUCUUGAAAAAAAAAUUCUCGUUACAACCGCGAGACGAAGUAGUUUUGGUUCAGAUCCGGGGGUUGGAAAGGGCCUUGGUUUGUGGAACAUGCUUCAGAGGCGGCAGGUACAGCGUCGUUCAGUUGAAAUCGACGAAAAGGGAUUCCCACGGGCGCAAAGUCUACACAUUUGAAAGACUCAUUCAUCCUUGGUGGCGACCACAAAUACUAACAUUCUCUAUUGCUGCUGAAUCAGUUAUAAUUAAAGGCCGCCGGCAGCCUCGUGUUGGAACCCGAGCCUUGAUGGCCUGUGUACGAAGCGGAGACAUUCCAAUACUUUUCCCUCGGUUCCUUUCAUCGGCAGCGCACUUAUUCAAAUACGUUCCUGGGCCUUUCAGAGAAGAGGUUACGGCCCAGGAUGUCGCGGUUUUCUCAGGCAUAAACUCUCGCACCGCUGUCGUGAAGGCCACGCUGACCCAACACGGCAAUGCGAAUCCAGUGGUACACCGUCUGAGGGAAAACUCUAGCUUCUUGUUCUUUGGCACCAUUUCCGCUGCGUCACCGUUCCAGAAUGCUUUCGUCUUGGGAUCGAUCAAGAAAGAUUCAAGAUGCACAGUGGAGAGAAGCGACGUCGCAGGUCCUGUGACUCUCUUCUGUUCUGAGUGGAAAUCGUUAGCAGAAUAUCUCGCUGGCUGGGCGAUCAGCGCGGCCCGUCCUCGAAAAAGCCUCCUCCGGCGGGUCGCGCUUGGUGCAUUCGUCGCAGCAGCUGUAGUAUCAGGAUAUUUGGCAUUUUCCGGCUACUCGCGAUCUACCGUCGAGCAAAUGACUGCCAUGAGAGAGGCCCGGUUUCGCACAGAGUUUUCGACUCGAAUCAGGCAGAGGUACGGAUUCGACCGAAGCCUGGUGGCGACUUUCGCCAACAGUGCGGACCCCGUCAACAUACAGUUGGCUGCAGCUUCUUUACUGCAGAGCAAUCUGACACCUGGGACUGUCACGAAGGAAGUCCGAGAGGGCUGUAAGGGGCUUCUCAUGCGGGCGGCGGGGCUCGCGGGCCUGGCAGCAGUUGCCACAGCGAUUGCAGCUGUGUUGUCGUCGACUUUAGCAGGCAAGGUCUUCAGAGCGUCCAAGGCAAGGUGGUGGUUGCGCCACCGUCUCGAGCGGCAAGUCGCAGGCAGCGUUGAAAGGGCGUUACACGGGCGGCGCAAAAGCGAGAGGGAACCCGAGAAACGCAAGGGCUUUUUGUUUGCUGUUGUAGCGUGA